CCUCUCGUGUUUGAUUGUGUUUUAUUGUUUUUCCUUUAAUUUCGACCCGGCAUAUUUUUUGGACUUUGAUUCUGUGAUAUUCUGUGAUUUGGCUUGUUAUAUGGACUCCGUUAUCCCUUUUGUGUGACUCUGUGCUUGCCUCCCGGACUUUGAUACUUCUACGUGAUUUUGUCUUUUGUGGGCUUCUAGCUAAAAUGGAUUCGCGCGGUCCAGCUCGUGAUAGACUUACUAGAAUCCUGUGUGUUAACUGUGGAAUUUGUGUUAAUACACUUCGCCGAUACCCUGCCUUGGCACUAGAUACUAGAGUCACUGCACUACUUUGCAGCUGGGUUUACCCACAAAUAAUAACUGAAGCUGAUCGUGUGUGUGAAGCAUGCAGAGAUCUUGCAAUGUUCUCUGUGAAUGAGAACUUGCACCAAGCUACUGGUAACAAUGAGCAACAAUCCGGAUCAAGACCAAGGGGACACACUGAAGUGUGUCUUUUAUGUGGAUGUUCCAUUCAUCGACGGCAAAGUGACAAAAUAUUGAGGGAGAAUCCUACUGAUUUGCACCAGAGUAUGAUCAACAUUAUUGAGAGCAGAGUUGCACCACGUCAGAUCAAUGAAACUGAUCGUGUUUGCCAUGUUUGCUGGCUUCGGACACAAAGAGAAGCUCGACGUAUGAAUACGCUAGACAAUACUAGAUCUCCACCUGUUGCUUCAUCAGAAUCACAUGAACCAAUACAAGAUGAUCUGCAGCCAUCAGAAGAUGUUGAACCUUCAAACAGGCCAUCAGGUUCUAAUCAUCCUGAACCUAGUAUGGCAAGCAAUCAAGGAUUGGUUUUGCCAAACUACAGGAGAGCAGCAAACUCUAACAAUCACUGUGUCUUUCCCAAUUGCAACAGUACUACUCUACAUAGUAUCUCAGAUAAAUUGCGUGCUAUUGUUCUAAGCAACCAUAAUUAUUACUUGCCAAGCCUAGCUCGAGUUUGUGGUCCCCAUUUAACAAGCAAUUCAUGGGAGAUUUUGUAUGACUCUGAAAACAGUAUGACAAUGUUCACUGUGGACCAAAUUCAACAUGUUUUUUCCUUUGUGAAUGCUUUUAAUCCAACUUUGGACUUUGAAAAUCUGCAAGAGAUGGAUGACAGAGUUUUUGAGUACUGGAUAGGACGAACUAAACAGCAAUUCAACAGUUUAAUUGAAGAAGUGCCCCGUAUCUUAGAGAUACGAAGAGGCUCUUUAGGCUUAGCAGCUUUAUUAUUAAAAAUGAGGACCGGAGAUUCCGAUGAAAGAAUUUCUACUUUAGUUCAAGUACCCCGCCGGACAUUGGAAAACUUAAUGGAUAAAGUGAGGGAGGUUCUCCUUCAAGAUUUUGUGCCCAGAAACCUUGGCAUUAACCACAUAGCAAGAGAAGAGUUACGCAAUCAUAAUUUGUCUAUUCCAAAUGGCUUAUACGGAAAUGGAAAUAAUGCAAUAGUCAUCUGCGAUGGUACAUACAUAUAUAUACACAAAAGCUCGAAUUAUAUGUUUCAGAAACAAAGCUACUCAAUGCAUAAAUAUAGAAAUCUAUUAAAACCCUUUUUAAUAGUAGCUACUGAUGGGUAUAUUUUAGAUUGCUUAGGCCCUUAUAAAGCAACUACAUCAGAUGCUGAAAUUAUGUCCACCUUAUUCCGUGAGGGUUCUGCCCUACAGUCAUAUUUUAGAAAUGGUGAUGUAUUCAUUCUCGACAGGGGCUUCAGGGACAGUAUAAGUUUAUUAGAAGGAUACGGAUUUAGAACGUGUAUGCCAGAAUCACUUUUAGAAGGCGAACACCAACUAACUACAGCACAAGCCAACCGAAGUCGAUGUGUGACUAUCUGCAGAUGGGUGGUGGAGGCCGUGAAUGGUCACUUCAAGAGAGACUUUAAACUCUUUAGACAGGAAUAUUUUCAUCGGUCUCUGCCACACAUGAUGGAUAAUUUUAAAAUUGCUGCAGCAUUAUUAAUAGGUUUGGUGUUCGCUUUCAAGACAAUAUGUAUGCAACUGAAAUACUGCAAAUAAUUAAUGAAAACAUGAAUUUAGAGAAUAAUCUGGCAUACACAGUCGAUGAAAUCAAUAUGAACAGAAGGAGAUCUUUCUUUCAAAACAUAAAUGUGGAUAGCAUUAAUGUAAACUUCCCUACCCUGGAAUACAGAGAUUUGAAUCUGUUCGCCUUGGGGACGUAUCAAAUAAAACAAGCUCGCUCUUAUUAUGGUGAGCAUAUACGUUCUCAAGGCGGCUAUAGAAUAGAAGUUUGUAGUGAACCCAUCAACAUUUUGGAUUUUCAACUUAGAAGUGGUGACACAUUAAUAAGAGGGAAAAUAAAGUCACGCCAUGUGAGCAUGAGACAAUAUUAUGUAUAUAUUAUUAUACAAAAUAAUAUACCAGGUCGGACUGGAAUUACAGCAUACUGUUGCAGUUGCUUGGUAGGUCGGCGGACUGUGGGCUGUUGUGCGCACGUCAUGACCCUGGUGUGGUAUUUGGGGUGGGCCAGACACCAGGAACAUGGAAUUUCAGCACCAGCUGAAUUUUUAGACUAUAUUGUAAGAGAUGAUGAAGAAUAAAUAUUGAAAAAAAAUGUCCUUGUUUUAUUUAAUGUACUUACA